CGAGCGACCGAAGGGUUGGUUGCGCGGACGCCGGGGAAGGAGACGCUGCCCUUCCGCAGCUAUGGGAUCCCGGCUCUGCGGAGGGAUCCUCUGGUAUGCGCAGCCCUGUCUUCCCCAGCCGUGGACGGUGCCUGGGACCCAGGAGGCAACCAGCUGAAGACGUUCUCCUCGGGAACACUCGGCCCCACGGGCUCUCGCCCGGGGUGUCGUCCCUGCCAUGGCAUUCCGGAGGACAGAGGGCGUGUCCAUGAUCCAGGCCCUGGCCAUGACGGUGGCUGAGAUCCCCGUGUUCCUGUACACGACGUUCGGGCAGUCAGCAUUCUCGCAGCUGCGGCUGACACCAGGCCUGCGGAAGGUCCUCUUUGCCACGGCCCUAGGGACCGUGGCCUUGGCCCUGGCCGCCCACCAGCUGAAGAGGCGAAGGCGGAGGAAGAAGCAGGUCGGCCCCGAGAUGGGAGGCGAGCAUCUGGGCACCGUGCCCCUCCCCAUCCUCAUGGCCAGGAAGGUCCCAUCGGUGAAGAAAGGCUACUCCAGCCGGAGGGUGCAGAGCCCCAGCAGCAAGAGCAACGACACCCUGAGCGGCAUCUCCUCCAUUGAGCCCAGCAAGCACUCGGGCUCCUCCCACAGCUUGGCCUCGAUGGUGGUGGUGAACUCAUCCAGCCCCACGGCUGCCUGCUCGGGACCGUGGGACGCCAGGGGGACGGAGGAGUCUGUGACCGCCAGCGACGGCAACGCCGAGAGCCUCUACAUGCAAGGCAUGGAGCUGUUCGAGGAGGCUCUGCAGAAAUGGGAGCAGGCGCUGAGCGUGGGGCAGCGGGGCGACAACGGCAGCACCCCCACGCCGGGGGACAGCCUCCGGAACCCCGAGACCGCCUCAGAGGCGCUGUCCGAGCCGGAGUCACAGCGGAGAGAGUUUGCAGAGAAGCUGGAGUCCCUGCUGCACCGCGCCUACCACCUGCAGGAGGAGUUUGGGUCCACCUUCCCGUCCGACAGCAUGCUGCUGGACCUGGAGCGGACCCUCAUGCUGCCCCUGACCGAGGGCUCGCUGCGCCUGCGGGCGGACGACGAGGACAGCCUGACCUCGGAGGACUCCUUCUUCUCUGCCACCGAGCUCUUCGAGUCCCUGCGGGCCGGCGACUUCCCCGUGCCGCUCUCCAGGCCCGCCGCUGCCUACGAGGAGGCCCUGCAGCUGGUGAAGGAGGGGAAGGUGCUCUGCCGGACCCUCCGGACGGAGCUGCUGGGCUGCUACAGCGACCAGGACUUCCUGGCCAAGCUGCACUGCGUGCGGCAGGCGUUCGAGGGCCUUCUGGAAGACCAGAGUAACCAGCUCUUCUUCGGGGAGGUCGGCCGGCAGAUGGUGACGGGCCUGAUGACGAAGGCCGAGAAGAGCCCCAAAGGCUUCCUGGAGAGCUACGAGGAGAUGCUGAGCUACGCCCUGCGCCCGGAGACCUGGGCCACCACUCGGCUGGAGCUGGAGGGCCGAGGGGUGGUGUGCAUGAGCUUCUUCGACAUCGUGCUGGACUUCAUCCUCAUGGACGCCUUCGAGGACCUGGAGAACCCCCCGUCCUCGGUGCUCGCCGUCCUGCGGAACCGCUGGCUGUCGGACAGCUUCAAGGAGACGGCCCUGGCCACUGCCUGCUGGUCGGUCCUCAAAGCCAAGAGGAGGCUGCUGAUGGUGCCUGACGGCUUCAUCUCCCAUUUCUACUCCGUAUCGGAGCACGUUAGCCCGGUCUUGGCCUUCGGCUUCCUCGGACCCAAGCCCCAGCUCGCCGAGGUCUGUGCUUUCUUCAAGGACCAGAUUGUGCGGUACCUGCGGGACAUGUUCGACCUGGACAACGUGCGCUACACCUCGGUGCCGGCGCUGGCGCAUGACAUCCUGCAGCUGUCCCGGCGCCGCAGCGAGAUCCUGCUCGGCUACCUGGGCACGGCGCUGAGCAGCAGCGCCGGCCUGAACGGGGCGCUCCCCCACGAGAACGGCCCCCUGGAGGAGCUGCCGUAGCGGCCGCAGCAGGCUGGGAGGGGUGGCCGCCGCAGCCUCGUCCGCGUGGGCGACGGCAGAGCGAAGGCGCCCCCUGCCUCCUUCGGGUGGGCACCCAGGGGCCUGGCUUCUACGGCCGUCGGCGGCAGCAGAGCCCUGGCUGUGGGACCAUGGGCAGUUGCCCCUGACCUUGCCCCGCACCCCAUCACCUGGGAAUUCCUAAGGCCUGAGGGGGGCAAACUUCCUUGGAGAGGGAUGGAGCCCUUAGGGACCCCACUGUCUGCCCUUGGCUGUCCCUGGGGAAGCAGAGGCUGGACCAGUGGCCAGUAGGGCCUGCAGGGCAGUGAGAAGAAGGCAGUGAGAGAGAGGAAGGUGUUGUGAGGGGAAUCAGGGCAGGCAGAGCUGGGGUGCCCUGGGUGUGGGACCCCAAGAGCUCCCCCCACCCGGGGCUACCGACAAGUGAGCUGGGAGGGUGGUGGAGAAAGGCGGGGGCGGCAGGGCUCUGUGGUCAAGGUCGCUGAUGUCUCAAGCCAGCAGGCACUUGGGCUGAAGGUUUCAGAAUGCAGGCACAUGGCUGGCCAUUGCAAGGACCAUGCCGCCACCCUAGAGUUUGCAGCUCCAGAGAGGGAGGGUGGGGGCCUCGGACUGGGAGGGUGGGACUGUGGGCACCUUGGUAGCAGCAGGCCAGGACCCUCGGGAGGGGGGACAGAGGAGGGCCUGCACCCCGUGCUCACAUCUGGGCAGGGGCAGGUCCUGGACAGAUCCGAGCACCAGGCCAGGGCAUCGUCCUCGGACAUUCCCUCUCCCUGCCAAAGCCUGUCAUUCCUCUCCCCCCACCCCCCCGCCCCUUGCUCCCGCCACCACCAAAGACAGGAGGUGGGGCUGGUCCUCCUGCCCCUACCCACCUCCUUUGGCGAGCCCGGGACUCCCAGGUGGUGCCAGGCGCCGAGCUGGAGGCUGUGGCCCAGCCUGUCCCCUGUGCUGCCGUGGGCGGUGGCCCGAGGGGCAAGGGGCCCAGGGACCACACGGGGCGGGGGGCAGUCAGGAGGCGUGCCGGCCAGGCCGGCCUUCAGCCGGACGUGCAGAUGCCCUCCGGUUGGUCGGGCCGCAGCGUGGCGCCCGCCUCCCCGCUGGCCCUCAGCGGGAGGCGGUCAGCACACGUCCCCGCGUCGCUUGUCCCCACACCGCGGGGCUUCUCCCGGCCCUGCAGACUCACUUCUCUUAGGGUGUUUCCGCCUGAGCCGUGACGUUUUAUUUAUUGCCUUAACACUUUAUUUUGAGGUUCUGCCCCUGUCCAGGUUGGGAGGCACGUGAGAGAAAUACCCUUCUCCUGGUUCUCUGUUCCCUGGAUGUGGGGGACUGGCUCUCCUCUCCCCUGAAUGGCAGAGGGGCCCCAAGGGGGAGUGAUCUUGCCCAUUUGGGUCCAGGGGGAGGGAGAUGCUGGCAUGGUCCACCCUCUGUGAGCCCCCUUUCCUCCUAGAGUCCGCCCCCCACAUGCCCGCAUCUCCCUGCACCGCCCGUACUCCCCAGACGGGGGCACUGCUGCGCACUGAGCUCGGUCUGACUCUGAGCCCGGUAGCUUCCCAGGGGGAGGCCCGGGCGGCGCCCCUCCCCCCCAACCCAACAUUCCGUUCGUUUGCACUUAACCCGCGCUGUGAAUGUAAUCUGGGGCCGGGGCCCGGCCUCACUGAUUUGCUCCCACAUCACACACAAGUGGCAUUUUCAUUCAUUUCGUCUGUUUACACAUCCACGCACUGCCCCUCGGCACUCGGUCUGUCGCGGCUUCCGACUUUUGUACGGUAGAGCAUCUGUGCAUUGACUUGGAGUCGAAUAAACGAUGUAAGGGAUUUCUCUCCGA